UGCUCGUACAGUACGGGUCGGGUUGAGCGAGCGAGCGAGCAAGCGCCCGCAAUUUUUGGGCAGGCUAGGGUGCCAACAGCAACAAAACAGAGCGCACGAAGCGUACGCCACUGCAAGUCAGUCGAUUGGCGGCGGUCGCGUUAGAUGGGUUUCGCUGAAGCGCGCGCGUUAGGCGGCUAGAGCGGUUCGCUGUGACUCUGUGUUUUACUUUGCAGGAUCAAAGCUGCUGAAGCUCACGGGUCUCAGUCUCAGGCAGGACGGAAGCGGAGACAGAGCCGGGGAGCAGCUGGACACCAUUUCGUGCCGUUCUGUUGGACGGCGCACGAAAAUUGGACGACAAACUGAAGUGUAUCAAACAGAAGAAAGAACAAUAAAAGCAAAUCAAAACACACAGAGAGGGAGAGAGAGAAAGAGAGAGAGAGAGAGAGAGAGAGAGAGAGAGAGAGAGAGAGAGAGAGAGAGAGAGAGAGAGAGAAAUAGUGACACAUAUAAACACUCACCUCUAACAUCGUGUAGUGUGUGUGUGUGUAUAGGGUUAUGUGAAGUUUUGUGUGAAAAUCGCAAGCAAAACUGUUGAGUCGUUCGAGUGCUUUCGCAGCCUUUUCGGGUUGCUAGCCACUUGGCUGUGUUUAUGUGUGCGUGUGUGUGUGUGUGUGUGUGCUGCAGCGCGAUGUAGGUUGUGCCCUUUCCGCCCUCCCUGCAUAAGGCCUUGAACGGCAGUGGAACGUAUCUGUAGGCCAUCCCCUCUCGACGCGUUCCAAUUAAAGGGGCACGCCGUGCGGGCAGGCCCGGGCGAAAGUGUUUCUAUCAACCAGGAGGACACACGAGAAUAAAUAUUUACCCCCGGAUUCGCCCUUUCUACCCCUUGAAGCUGUGUGUGUGUGUGUGCUUGGGUACAAUUCGGGCGUCUGUUCACACCGGAUCUCGCACCGAAACCGGCGGAAGCAGCGUUGGCACGACCGUGACCCCCGACACUGCCAGCCCUCGCAACACGUACGGUCACCCUGGAUGAGUGAGGUCCGCUGACGGGCUUUCCCCCCCCCCCAUCCGGUGGGGAUGGGAUGGGAUGGUGGCGGUCCGGGCCAUACCAGUGUCGAUCACGGAGCCGGUGCCAGUGCCGGGGAAGCAAACUAACCUGCCGGUACGGUGAACAACAUGCACUGAGUGCGCUGCUGUAGUGCGAAGGUAGUGCACGUAGUAGGAGGCUAGUAGUGUAGUAGUGUGCCGAACAGCGAGCAAAGUGAUUGGAAUCGAAGAAGGAAACGGGGAAGGUUUACCGGGCGGCCGAAAGUAGUGGCAAUAACCGAAAAAAAAAGAAGAAUUCGUGUGCGUGUGUGUGGGUGCGAGUGUUGUGUGAAAGCAUUCCCAUUACACGGUGACACGGUGCGACGUGAGCAGCAGUGAAAAUGUUAUGUGCUCGGUUGAAAAUCGUCCUCUGCCUUAUACAGCUGCUGGCAAUGCAAGUGUCCCACAGCGUGCUCGGGCUGGAGAGUGUCCACAUACAGGUGCCGGUGGCGGUGCUGGUUGGCACGAGCGCCACGCUCAUCUGCGAGUGCGACCUGCCGGACGACGAGCUCUACUCGGUCAAGUGGUACAAGGGCAAGCACGAGUUUUUUCGCUACACCUCCAAAGAGAUCCCAUCGAUCAAGAUCUUCCCGAAGGCGGGCAUCAGCGUAAAUGUCAACCUGUCGAACGCUAGCCACCUGGUGCUGGUGAACGUGGAGCCGCAGAGCAGCGGCAAGUACAGCUGCGAAAUUACCGAGGCGGCCCCGUCCUUCCACACCAAGAUAGCGACGCGCACGAUGAACGUGGUGGACCUGCCGGCCACCGCGCCCCAGAUCCUGGACAUCAAGCCGUUCUACGGGGCGGAGGAGUUCCUCGAGGUCGAGUGCCGGUCGGGGCCGUCGCUGCCCGCCCCGAAGCUCGAGUGGUUCGUGAACGAUCUGCCGCUGCACCAGCCGCUGCCGGUCCCGUCCCGGCUGGAGUACGGGACGCAGCCCGGCAGCGCCGGCCGACCCACCACCGUCAGCAGCAGCAGCAGCAGUAGCAGUAGCAGGAAAAAACAAUCAGCCAAGUCUUCCUUGCCAGCACCGACGGUGCCACCGUCCACCGAUGGGGAGUCGCGCGAAAACGACCUGGCGGAGGUGCUGCCGGGAAGGCCACGGCCAGCGAUCGGCGCUACGAAUGGUAGUAGCAGCACCACCACUACUAUCACCACCACUACCACCACCAGCAGCACCAGCCAGGAGCCGGCGGGCAACGGCACAUCCGGCGAGCACCGGAAGGUUGCCGGCAACAGUCGCUACGAGCUGGCCGUGUCCCGGCUGAAGCUGCUGCUCGAGCAUGGCCACUUCCGCAACGGCAAGCUGAAGGUGGAGUGUGCAGCGCACAUCUUCGACCUGUACCGGCAGUCGACGGUGGCGACGGCGGACGAAAACUAUCCCCAGGUGCGCGUGCUCUCGAACAGCGAUAAUGGCGUACACUUUUCCUUCAUGAGCGACAAGGACGAAGCUUCAUCGUCCGGAUCGCCCCGAUCGGUGCUGGCGUACCUGCCGGGGCAGCUGGCGCGCCUGGCCGGUACCAUCGGCGGUUGGGCGGCUCACCCGCGGACGGUGCACGGCGGUGGCAAGACGAUUGUUGACACGGGCCAGCCGGCCCUCGUCUCGUACGUGCUGCUGGGCGUUGGCUGGCUCAGCUUGCGGUGGUGGCUCUUCUAGGCCGUUCGGCCCGCUCCAUCCCUGCCGCUAACGGUAACGCUUUCAGCUCUCCACCCAUCGCCGGACGCCGGUGCCGGGAGAAAUCACAGAAGGAAAACCCAGCAACACGCCCGAAACAUUCCAAAGUUGGCCAACGAAUUGUGAAACGAAUUUAUUCGCCCAGCAACCCAAAACCCCGUCACUCCCCGUCUACUUCCCGCUGGAGGUGGUUUUUGUGCGCGCGCGUGUGCAACAGCGCUCCGGCGCUGCGUAUAAUUGUUAAGGAACGUGUUACACUGCCGGCCUCCACCACCCACCACCCCAGAACUAGGCGAGAAAACUUGUUCGGCUCAAUAGAUUGGAAACGGUGGCAAUAGAUUGGACAUGCAUCCGGGUGUGUAAACGCAUGACUGAAACGCUGCAAAAUAAAGGGCACCGACUACGGUUCGCUCGUACGCCGGUAAAGCUCCGAUUAGAGGUCGUGUGAGUUUUGUUAGGUUUUGUUUUGUUUUGUUAGUCAAUUUUCAUGUUCAAAAUUCUUAGCGUUUUACAAAGCAAAACGCAGGAGACCGUUGCCACAGUUUGACUUUGACAGUUCACAGUUGUUAUUUAGAUGAAUUGGGACCUUUUAUAUUUUAAGCCCGAGAGCUGAAAUGUCAGCCUGUCAGUUUAACAAUACAGCAAUUAUCCGCAGUACGCGAUACUCGAUAUACGCGAAUU